AUGGCUCUUUCUUUUCUUCGGCUUGCCUUUGCAGCGCUAAGUCUAUCCUUGACGUUUACUUGUUCCGAAGCGCGUUCAGGGAGUCAUCCUGUCCUACCGAGGGCAGAUACAUGGUCAUAUGUGGGCUGCUACAGCGACAACGUGGGGGCUCGCACGCUCACUACUAAUGUAGCAACUCCAGGAGGAGAGGCAGCUUUGACAAUUCAAAUCUGCCAAUCAACAUGUCAAAACCUUGGUUACGUACUUGCUGGAGCUGAAUACUCAGGAGAAUGUUAUUGCGCGAAUAACAUAUUCAAUGGCGGAGGCCUAGCUUCUGAUGGCGAGGUCGGUUGUAAUAUGCCUUGCAAUGGUAAUGCUUCAGAAAUAUGUGGUGGUUCCGCGAGAUUGAGUCUCUACGAUUUGAACAAUGCUAUAGUCUCGCUUCCUACUCUCACGACAAGCUCCAUUCCCCUUCCUACUUUUACAGGAGCACCGUCUGGGUGGGUACCUCUUGGGUGCUACAAUGAUAGCGUGAAUGCACGUACCCUCACCACGCAGAUAUAUUCCAUUGUCGGGACAUCCAUGAGCGUCGAUGCAUGUCUUUCCGCCUGCAUUCUCGGAGGUUACAGACUUUCGGGCGUCGAGUAUGGCAGUGAGUGUUAUUGCGACCACGAGAUUGAAAACUAUGGCGCUCCAGCAACGGGUUGUAAUAUGGCAUGCGGAGGGAACUUGACACAAUUUUGCGGAGGGUCCGGGCGGAUGAACGUGUACAAUUACACCGCAACGAGUUUACCGCCUACACCAACACCCACGACACUUAGUGCCACUGUCCCUUCGGCCACGAUCACAGAUCUUCCAACAGGAUGGACCUACAAGGGAUGCUGGGUUGACCGAGCCCUUGGUCGUGGUAGUAUCCUCGCCGACAAUCUGCCUAACGAUACUAAUAUGACUGUGGAAUCCUGCAUACGAAAUUGUAUCACUGCAGGGUAUAGUAUAGCUGGAAUGGAAUACUAUACACAAUGCUAUUGCGAUUCUGCAAUUAUUAAUCUGGGAGCCUUGGCAUCUUCAGAUUCUCAGUGCAACACUCCGUGCGGGGGAAAUGCAAAUCAAAUGUGUGGUGGAGGCGAUCGUAUGAGCAUUUAUUCUAAUCAAACAAGUUUGGUCGUGCGACAACUACCCGUAAUACAGAAUACGAGUUUACCGGGCAAUUGGAAAUAUAAGGGGUGUCUCACAGACGAUGCUGUGAAUAGAGUGUUCCCUUACCAAAUCGCACUUGCAAAUAACAACACAGCCACAAACUGUCUUAGCUUAUGUUCUGAAUUUGGAUAUGGUGCUGGGGGUAUGGAAUAUUCGAAUCAAUGCUUCUGCGGUGACGUACAGGAUGUUAUCAACCACAAGGCUACAACCGUUGAUGAUUCGCAGUGUGUCAUGCUUUGUACUGGUAAUCGUGAUACAUAUUGUGGCGGGCCGUCCUUGAUUACCUAUUACACUUGGACAGGCACACCACUCAACAGCUGGACCUUUGAGAACGGAAAUUCUGCUGGAAAAUAUGAGUUCCUCAUUGGAGGGCCCAUCAUUCCACUAACAUCCGCUGUUGGUAUCAACGGAAAGAUUUCUUUUCUGGAAAAAUUCGGAACGUCACCCGCGAACAACAGCACUGGUGCUUAUGAGCUAGACCUUACCCAAAUAAAUAACUAUACGGCAGCAUGGCGACCCAUGCAUGUGAAGACAGAUGUCUUUUGUUCUGCUAGUAUUAUUCUCCCCGAUCGUCUUGGGCGUCAGAUCAACAUCGGGGGCUGGGCACUUCCCUCGACCCUAGGUGUACGCUUUUACACUCCGGACGGGGCACCCGGAGUACCAAGCAAGAAUGAUUGGGAAGAGAAUUAUCAAGAGAUUGGCCUGCAGACAGGUAGAUGGUAUCCUUCAGCAAUGAUUAUGGCCAAUGGAAGCAUCCUCGUGGUAGGUGGCGAAGUGGGCUCUAAUGGCGCACCUGUUCCUUCCUUGGAAAUUAUCCCUCGCCCUCCUGGAGCAGAUGUACUCUAUUGUGACUAUCUCUUCCGUACAGAUCCGUACAAUUUGUAUCCAUAUCUUGCAGUACUUCCAUCUGGAGCUAUAUUCAUUGCAUAUUACAACGAGGCGAGGAUUCUAGACGAGGUCACUCUGCAAACUCAAAGAGUCUUACCAAAUAUUCCAGCUGCAGUGAAUAACUUCUUGGGUGGAAGAACAUAUCCCAUGGAAGGCACUGCUGUUUUGAUGCCUCAAAGUGCGCCUUAUACAGAUCCACUGGUAGUGAUGAUUUGCGGAGGCUCUACCCCAGGUCCAGAAAUCGCGUUGGACAACUGUGUAUCCCUCGAACCUGAGGUACCUGACGCAAAUUGGACUAUUGAGCGCAUGCCUUCAAAACGAGUAGUAUCAUCUAUGGUAGCCCUUCCCGAUGGCACGUUUCUCAUUCUUAAUGGUGCUCAGCAAGGUUUUGCUGGCUUUGGUCUUGCUACCGAACCCAACCAUAAUGCUGUCCUUUAUGAUCCGUCGAAGCCUCUGAAUUCCCGAAUGUCUUCUUUGGCAAACACAACUAUCGACCGCCUUUACCACAACGAAGCCGUGCUCGUUCCAGAUGGCCGGGUUUUAGUUACAGGCAGUGAUCCGGAAGACACCCGAUUUGUCCAAGAAUACCGCGUCGAGGUAUUUUUACCUCCCUACUUGAUGAAUGGUGUUACUCAACCAAGUUUCACGUUCUCGAACGGCAACGAUUUCGGUUAUGGUGAUAAAAUCAAUAUAGCCGCUACUCUCUACAAGGGUAGCCCAUCUACCGUUCGCAUCUCUCUGAUGGCAGCCGUAGGAGCUACUCAUGGAAACUCCUUUGGGCAGCGAACAUUCUUUCCAGCCUUCUCCUGUUCUGGCACUGCAGCAAAUAUGCAGUGUUCCAUUACAACACCCCCUAACGCACAUGUGUAUCCGCCUAGCUGGGCUAUGCUCUUCGUAUUGGAUAAUGGAACGCCAAGUGUAGGACAAUGGGUGAGAAUUGGAGGUGACCCAGCUAGGUUGGGCGAAUGGCCGAAUUACCCAGACUUCACACUUCCGGGCGUUGGGCCCACUGUAGGAGCUGGCGGAGUGGUAAAUAAGGGGUCUGGUACAAUAGCGGGGGAAAAUUCUACUUUGAAAGUGUAA